AUGGAGGAACCAAGGCCUUCCAAGCGGCUUCGCACCAUGGCCCCUAAUCAAGCCUCCGGUGGGCCUCCUAGAGAGCCAGGCUGCUCUGUUGUGGACCCUGAAGACUCCGUGGAAGCAGAUGAGCCCGCACACCCAGCCCAACCCGCAAAACCCAUUGCUUACGUGACACCCUUCAGAUGGCAGCCCCCAGCUCCCACAGAGUCAGCUCGUCCGGCAGAGAGAGGCCGGCGCCGGGGAGGAAGCCGGCCGGCAGGGCGAGGCCGUGGCAGAGGCGGUGGGCCCCGCAGGGACGCUGGCCCGAGACGGGGGGCACAACGCUUGAUGGGAUCGGACGUGCACGUCCAACUGGACCACCAUGGAGAGCCAGGCCACCAGGGGGAACCGGAAAUCAGGGAGACCGCAGCCUUCUCUCUUUCUGAAACAGGUCAUCUGCCUGGAACUGCGCAGGAAGGCCCUGGCCCCGACGUGGCGCCACCUGAGCUGGGGCUUCAGGAGCCGCCCCCCGCUUCUGAGCCUCAGGCUGUCGCCGGGCAGCCCACGUUGACCCUCUAUCACUGCGUCGGGUUUAGGGCUCUGGGCGACCCAGCUGUUUUACAAGUCAUUGAAACCCCCCACGGCACCUAUGUGCAGGGGGUCCCAGUGUUCUUCACCGACAUUGCAUGCUGACCUCUAUUUGCCACCCACGU